CAUCGAUUGUCAAACUUUGUAUAGUUGGUGGCUGUUUCGCUGUUGUCGUGUAUUAAAAUUUUUAAAAAUAAUUAUCAAAUUAGUAUUAAAAUUAAAAAUUUGCGACUAGUCACAAAAUCGAGCAUUUAUUUUAUUUAUAUUAUGUUUUAAUCAAUAAAAUGAUUCUACCUUUAAAAUAUUUUUUAUACAUCUUUCUAACAUGUCAGUUCGCUCUGGUUUCAUCGCACGAUCAUCUUUUGGAAGGUAUUUAUUGUGGGAAAGUGAAUUGCUAUGAUGUACUUGGAGUCUCAAGAGAGGCUACUAAAAAUGAGAUCGCCAAGAAUUAUAGACAGCUGGCGAGGAAGCAUCACCCAGAUUUACAUAGAACAGAGGAAUCCAAGAAAGAGGCUGAGGAAAAAUUUAAAGAAAUAGCGACCGCAUACGAGAUAUUGCGAGAUGAUGAAGAGAGAGCCGACUAUGACUAUAUGUUGGAUAAUCCUCAGGAGUAUUACGCCCAUUAUUAUAGAUACUACCGGCGUCGCAUGGCGCCGAAGGUAGAUGUUAGAAUUGUCAUAUCUGUCACAAUCACAAUCAUAUCUCUAAUACAGUACUAUAGUGCCUGGUCUAAAUAUGACACUGCCAUUAAAUACUUCAUGACUGUACCAAAGUAUAGAAAUAAAGCGUUAGAAAUAGCUAAAGCAGAAAUUAAGGAUCAACAAGGGAAAAAGAAUAAGAAAAGUAAGGCUGAACAGAAGGAGGAGCAGGAUAGGAUAAUUAGAAGGGUGAUAGAGGAUAAUAUGGAUAUCAAAGGUGCCUAUGCCAAGCCUGAAAUUGUGGACAUUUUGUGGGUACAACUAAUAAUCUUACCAUAUACAAUAACAUAUUAUAUUUAUUGGUAUUUGAGGUGGAUUUGGAAAUUUACUAUUUUGAAGCAACCAUAUGGAGAGGAGGAAAAACUGUAUUUAAUUAGGAAAUAUAUGAAAUUGGGAAAACAUCAAUUUAAUGCUUUAGAUGAUAAGGAGAAACGAGAGUUUUUGGAGGAAGAGUUAUGGAUAAAAGAGAACUUUAAAGUUUGGAAAGAAAUCAAGGAUGAAGAGGCUAAAAAGGCAUUAGCAGAAAAUAAUAAAUAUAAACAGUACAGAAGGUAUAUUAAACAGCAUGGAGUUGGAAGAAUGACUUUUGAUGACUCAUGAUAGUAUAAAGAAUUCUUAUUAUUUAUUAACAUUUAUAAAAUCAAAAUAUGUAAAGAUAAGGUUAUUUUUUCAGCUUUAUCCAUUAGGUUUUACUAUUUAUUUGUCACAUGUAUUUCUCAAUGCUCGAAGUAUAGUAACAAUCUCAAUUAACGAAAGGAGGGUAAGAAUAAAAAACAAUCUUUACACAAUUUGUUACUUUUAUUUCAUUAAUCUCUAGUCGUCUCAACAUGUACUACAAUGAUUCAAUUUAUAUAUAGUCACUCAUCCAUAAUUUACAUUCAUCACAAAUGGCAAUUCGUUAAGGCAUUCUAAUUUAACACACCAGGUGCUCUAUGAAAUACAUCAAGGCAAGUAAUAGAUCUAUACACAAUCACAUUUUGUCUUCGUACCAAAAUAAAAUCACAGUUUAAAAGUAAUUAACAAAAA